AUGUGGUCCAACCACAACAACUCCAGCUCCAACUACUACAACACCUGCUCCGGCUACUACAACUCCGGCUACAACCAGCACAACUCUAGCUCCAACCACCACAACUCCGGCUCCAACCACCACAACUCCGGCUCUAACCACCACAACUCCAGGUCCAACCACAACAACUCCUGCUCCAACCACCACUACUCCAGGUCCAACCACAACUCCAGCUCCAGCCACCACGACUCUGGCUCUGACCACAACAACUCCAGCUCCAACCACCACAACUCCGAGUCCAACCACAACAACUCCAGCAACCACAACUCCAGCUCCAACCACCACAACUCCGGCUCCAACCACCACAACUCCGGCUCUAACCACCACAACUCCGUCUCCAACCACCGCAACUCCAGCUCCAGCCACCAUGACUCUGGCUCUGACCACAACAACCCCAGCUCCAACCACCACAACUCCGAGUCCAACCACCACAACUUCAGCAACCACAACUCCAGCUCCAACCACCACAACUCCGGCUCCAACCACCACAACUCCGGCUCUAACCACCACAACUCCGUCUCCAACCACCGCAACUCCAGCUCCCACCACCACAACUUCGGGUCCAACCACAACAACUCCAGCUCCAACCACCACAACUCCAGGUCCAACCACUACAACUCCAGCUCCCACCACUACAACUCCAGGUCCAACCACAACAACUCCAGCUCCAACUACUACAACUCUGUCUCCAACCACCACCACUCGAGCUCCAACCACCACAACUCCGGCUCCAACCACAACAACUCCAGCCACCACCACUCUGGCUCCAACCACUACAACUCCGGUUCCAACCACCACAACUCCAGGUCCAACCACAACAACUCCGGCCCCUACCACUACAAUUCUGGCUCCAACCACAACAACUGCAGCGCCGACCACCACAACUCUGGCUACAACCACCACAACUGCAGCCACCACAACUCUGCGUCUAACCACUACAACUCCUGCUCCAGCCACCACAACUCUCACUCAGGCAACCACUAUUUCAGCCACCACAUCCCCAAUAGAUAUAUCCCAAGGCUUGAAUUCAUUGGCACAUCUACAGAUAAAGAUAACUUCUAUUGGAGAGGUCAGCAAUGGAACCAUCACUGAACAUGUUAAACAGUUUUUUGACCAGCUCCUAAAUGGAACAGCCCACACAGUAACAGUGACAAACAUCCGAAGGGUAAGAGUUGCCCCAUAGAUUCAUGUGAACAGAAAUAGUCCAAAGUGAAUGUAGAAAGACAGCAAUUGAUAAUCCCAAACAGUAUUGUCACAUACCGUUGUAGUAAUACGCUGUAUUUCACAGGAAUGUGAAUAGUGGCAAUGUGUAUGUGGCUCAAGGGUCAAAUUAUUUGCAUGGCACAAUGGGAAGCUCAAACAAAGCAGUCUGACCUGUCAAAGAGGUUUUUAAGUGGUGUCAAUAAUUCCCAUGCUCCGUAAAUGGAGGAGCAGCCACACUGACGAGGCUGGUAUCCAGGAAACUAGUUAACUAUGUUUCUCUCUCACCCACUCCCUUUUAUUAUAUACCAAUAAGGAACUGUUUCACGCAAACCAUUGGCAACAAUUAACCUUGGUAAGUGCCUCAUACCAAGUGUAUGACGAUUGUGAUUGUACCCCAAAUCAGGGAAAUUAAGUCUUUCAAGUAUUAGGGACAAAAUGCAUAGUAAUGGCUACUGAACGUGUGUUAUCUUGUGCCAUCAAGGAUUGAUUUAUUAAGCUUAGAAUGUGGCUUUCCAAUUGAUUGGAAAAUCUGAAUAUGAAAGCCCUACAUGUAUCUUGUGAUGUGCUGUGAAAUAAAACCAAGAAAUAUUUCAGUACAGAGGAGGAAGUCUAAGAUUCUGUGUGCAGGUUAAAUGGGCUUGAGACGUAUAUUAAUGAUUAAGUGUGUAUUUGUUUGGUUUUGGCUAUUUGCCCUCUUUAUCGGUCUUUUGUCCAUUUGGUAUACUUCCCUCUCCUGUUAUUGAGUUUACUAGGUGUGGAACAUAUACAAAUGACAUAUUUAAGAGGGAUAAGCUAUUUGUGAUCCUGAACUUUGGCCAGUCUGUUUAUUCUCCUCCUGUUAGGCUGCAGCCGUGUUUUUAUUAUUUUUACACUUGCAGACAGAAUGUAGAUGUAUUUCUUAUCAAUUUAAAUAUUUUUCCAAAAGAUUAUUUUUGUACUUAAUUAUUGUUUAUUUUGUAUGAUAUUAAUUAGACUUUAAAUAAAGUAAAAAUAUAUUAUUUAGUGACAUUGUCUGUAGCUACAAUCACUUUCACUUAAGGCUAUAUGAUAAUUUCUGCACUUUCAUACCUAAACCAUUACAAACUUUCUGGUUGUCCUUAGAUUUAACACUAGAUUUAUAACACAAGAUGAGCUGUUUUGUUAUUUUAUGUAAUAUUAUGCCAUUUUGAAAUGUUAAUAAAGAGAUAUCUACUA